CGCGUUCCCCCUCCGGUCUUUUCUGCUAUAUAACGCUCGCCCCCGGGCCCGCCCAGUUCUCCAGUGUCUUCCAGUUCGCACUUUCCGAGAUCACCAAUGGCGGCCAUCACUCUCGUUGCACUCACCACGAUCCUUAUUACUGGCGUCUCCCUCGUCAACGCGGAGACCCACACCAUCCGUUUUGACAACCAGUGCGGACAUGGAACUCCCAUCCUGUUGCAGAACGGCAACAUCCUCUCCAAAGGCGAGGACUACACCCACACCGGCUCGUUCUCCUCCGCCAUCGCCUACCUCCAGACCGGCGACUGCGAGUACAAUGGCGAGAACUGCACGCUCAUGGAGCUGACGCUCGGCAACCCUACUUGCGCAGGGUGCGGCUCGAGCGCGGACCUUUCCCUCAUCCCGCCACACGCCUUCUCCGUCACGACGUCGUUCAGCUACUUCAACGGCUGCGACGGCACCGGUGCCACCUGCUCGUCGAGCACUUGCGACACCGCCUUCUUCGUGCCGGACGACAACCAGGUCCAGGUCGCGUGCCAGGCCGACAACGUCGACAUCCUCAUUUCCUUCUGCGGCGACGCGACGGAGACCGUCAAGUCCGGCUUCAAGUCGGCUUCUUCCUCCGUCAAGGCGUCCGCGACGUCCACCCACUCGACUGCCGCCAGCUCCAAGCACAGCAGCAGCGCGAUCAAGACCGCCGCCGCUGCGACGUCCUCGCUCGCGGCCGUUGUCGGCGUCGAGUCGGCCCCCGCGUCCUCCUCAGCCACUUCUUCCGCCUCUGCUGCGUCGGCGUCCAGCAGCGCCACCCGCAAGACCUGCAAGCGCUCCAGCCCGAGCCUCGAGAGGAAAGCGAAGCGCGCAGCCAAGCGUGCACCCUCGCCCGCCCCCGAAGCGCUCAAGGCGCACAGGCGCCACUCGCGGCAGCUCAACGUCGAGUCGGAGAUGCACUGAUCCCGUCCCCCUUCUCCAACCCUCGUCCUGCACAUACGUUUGCCUCUUGCUCUCGGCGCUUUCGAGAGUUAUUGUUAUUCCGUGUUGUAUGUUUCCCCUACUCGGCGGCCCUCGCCAGACGGGCGCCGCCGACCCAUAUGUAACCCUCGUCCGUGCGGUGCCCGGUCACCGCGCUCGUUACUAUUUGUCCGAUGUGGCUCGAGUAUAUGCUGUGCGUACAAUAGAGGUCUAGGCUCCGAGCAAUGCAACCCACCGUUGUGCAGG